AUGCCUUCAAAACGUUCCUCUAGCACCCCUAUUGCGACAGGUAGUGGGAAGAAGGCCAAGGGGGCUACUUCGGCAGGUCCCCAUAAGAAGGCGGCAUCUUCUUUGAAGUUCCCUCUGGGCAACACUGCUACGAGUUGUGGUGAGAAGCUGUUCGCUUGGCUCAUUCAUCCGGUCACUGUUGAGGAGUUCUUCGAGGAAUACUGGGAGAAGAAACCUCUCCAUGUGCGCCGACCGACCGCCCGAGACUACUACUCAGGGGUCUGGACCAAGGCGAUGGCUGAGAAGACGCUUACGAAACACGAGUGUCGUUUUGGUGAGAGCGUUAACUUUGCUCGGGUGGAAGCUGGAGUAAAGGUUAUGCAUAAUGGCGAAGAAGGCGAGAAGGCUACUGUAGAGUAUAUGCAGGGACAGUUCGAGGAUGGAGUCAGCUGCCAGUUCAUGCAGCCUCAGCGGUUUAGUAAGCCUUGCCAUGCUCUGAUGGAAAGGCUGGAGAACUACUUCGGCACUCUGUGGGGUGCUAACUCGUACUUGACCCCGGCCAACUCGGUGGGGUUCGCCCCGCAUUAUGACGAUGUUGAAGUGUUCAUGCUGCAGACGGAAGGCAGUAAGAGGUGGAGGCUCUAUGACUCUCCGGACGACGAUGGUCCGUUGCCUAUGGAGUAUAGCAGGGACUACACUGAGGAAGAGCUCAGCUUGCCCUAUUUCGACGAGGUUGUUGAGCAGGGGGAUCUACUGUAUAUUCCUAGAGGCACGGUUCACUUCGGUUGCGUGUCACCCGAGGGUUACUCGCAUCACCUUACCGUGAGCACCUAUUACCACAACUCAUGGGGUGAGCUCCUCCAGAAUCUCCUCAUCCCGGGGGCUCUGGCUAAGGCUAUGAAGGAGGACGUAGGUUUCCGAGAGGGAGUGCCCGUCAACUGGACGAGGUACAUGGGUCGACUCAUGGCCCCAGUCACAGCUGAGACUGCAGCAUUGGAGGCUGGGGGUGAUGAUGACAAUGCUAGCGAUGAUGAUGUAGAGGUUGGCAAGGACGGUAGCUCCACGGAGGAGGAAGAGGAGGUCGAUGCUAAGGUUGGUAGCGUUCCCCCUCAAGGGGAGACGCAGGCGGAUCCGGAGGCGCUGAUGAAGGCUCGGAAGGCGUUCAAGGCUCAUGUGAAGGGACUGAUAGCCAAGCUUAGUGAGUAUGUUGAUGAGGAUGAUGCUGCUGAUCAGACCGCAGUUGACUUCGUAGCGUUGCGAACGCCUCCUGCCCCUCGGGCUGGCGAGACGAAGACUCAUGGCCCUAGCCCAGCUGCUCAGGGCAAUCUCCUUGUCCGGUGGCGUAAUCCUGCAUGGGUACGCAUUGCAGUCGAGAGUGACGUGGACACGCUGGAGUCCACCACCCUUAUCUUCCACUGUGCUGAUAAUAAAAUAUCGCAGCACAUGAUGUCGGAUGAUGCUAGCAAGAGGACUCCUGGAACGCUGGAGGUCUCUGGUGUGGACAAGGUCGCGGCUUUGUCAGGAGAUGUACCGGGUCUGGCCGGACUGGAUCGACAUGCAGAAAUUGGGAUCAGGGUUGACGACUAGCCUUUGGGAGGAGGGUGUGGUCCAGACUAAGGCCCCUCCGGAAAGUAUGUAGACUAGGCUCUAUUACUGCA